UUGUCGUGCGCGUGAUUACCACGUGAGUCAUUGGGAGCGCGAUCGAAGAAAGAGCAGCCAAGAUGCACUGUGUAAAGGUUCUUUUAGCGUUUGUCGUAUGUCUAGGAACCACGCGGGGCCUGUACUUUCACAUAUCCGAGACAGAGGUGAAAUGCUUCAUCGAGGAAGUGCCCGCGGAGACGAUGAUUGUCGGAAAGUACAAAACUCAGUUGUUCGAAGAGGGGAGGCAAAUGUGGCUACCGUCAAGUCCUGGAAUAGGAAUGCAUGUCGAGGUAAAGAACCCGUUUGGCAAGGUGAUGCUGUCUCGCCACUACUCUGCCGAAGGUCGGUUCACGUUCACAUCACACGACUCGGGAGAGCACACCAUCUGUAUUGGCACCAACACUACUCGGUGGUUUGGCGGCAACAAACUGCGAGUACAUCUAGACAUACAAAUAGGAGAGCAGGCAGUCAAUUACCCAGAGGUGGCUGCUAGGGAGAAGCUCGGUGAACUCCAGCUGAGAAUUAGGCAACUCUUGGACCAGAUAGAGCAGAUCACAAAGGAGCAGGUCUACCAGAGGCAACGUGAGGAGCGUUUCCGGCUGGUCAGCGACAGCACGAACGCUCGGGUGUUGUGGUGGUCUCUGGGGCAGACCAUCAUCCUCAUCCUCAUGGGCAUAUGGCAGAUGAGGCAUCUCAAGAGCUUCUUCGAGGCCAAGAAACUCGUCUAGAUCUCUGCCUCUCUUGUCUCAUGUGUACUAAUAUUGUGGUGCUCCAAUCAUGAAAAUGCACACGGUAUAGACACUUGCACCACCUUAUUGUACAGGUCUUUUCAUUCUCGAACAAACAUAAUAUACAGAGGUGGUUUCAUUGACGUAUUUUGCGUGUCAAUUCGUUGUGAAUUAUAGGGUAAUGCAAGAGACAUGCUUUGAACUCCCACAAAUUUUGUAAAAUUAUUUAUGAUCUGACAGUUGCGAUAAAGUUUACAGUCUGUACACACAUAGGAUGGAGGCUAGGUAAUGCAAUUUGGCUACUUACUACCUAGUUUUUCGAGUCGGUUGAUUAUGAAGUUUGUAGUAUCUAGAAAUCGUUCCACGCAGUUUACUAGACAUCUCUCGCUUCGACCGUCCAUUGUGGUGCCCAGCUUGUCCAUGCACUUGUCCCAGCAGAUGUCGGUGAAGGUGUGGACGCGGACGUUCAUCUGGGCUUUCUGAGACUCCAGCUGUAGGAACCGCUGCAUCUCUGGGUCUACGUCCGACUGCCCUCCCCCACUACCGCCACCGCCGAAAGACGACAUCUCUUAGAAAGGGUUGGUAAAGAGGUAUGAUGAACUCAAGCUGGGUCGUCGUCCCGCCGCCGGCCACGGCUGUUUCACGUAGGACAUUUAGCGCUAAUUUAGAACAUUACGGUAUUACCGUUACCUUAGUUACGGGGCUCGC